AUGUGCUGCCUCGAAAGGGGCACAACGCUCGUUUAUGCAAACUAUGAUACAGCCGUACGGCACAUCAGGCUUGCACUACUCCUUUCCACUCGGAUCUGCUCAAAGGGAAGGUGCCGCCCCAACCGCUCGUGCAACCUUGCACAAGAUCUUGGAUUGAGGAUAUCUUCAGUGCGGGGUCUCUACAUGAUCGAAAAGGAUGCCGACAAUGACACCAUUGAAGAAGAAGGCGGGUUCGAUGCGAAGUUUUGCAAAGCAGUUUCUGCAGCAAUCUUUCUUGCGGAUGGCGUUCAUAAUGGUACGACGUUGCAGCUGACAGGUGUACGCGGAGGCAGCAUGGAGACGCAAAGAUUGCACUAUGCGCACCUCUGCCGGUAUCUGGAUGUUACACUGGGGACUGCAAUGCCAGCUUUAGGAUCUGAAGGCUUGCCUUGCGUUGUCGGUGCAGGUGAAUUCCUGACUUUGAAGGGUGCUGCCAGCCUUAGUGGCUGUGGUUGUGAGAAUGCUGGUUACUCUCGUGAUGGGUUUCCUCCAGCCUGGAUUGUCUUUUUUCUAAGUGAUUCGAUGAAGUCGUAUGGUUUGGCUACUUCUUCAAAUGAGGAUGCGCGAUGGUCUGACUUUCUAUGGUGGAUCCUUCAAGCGUUGCUAUACGCCGAAGAGAUGGGCAUCAGCAGCGAAACGUACGAGGAAAUGCCGCCUGUGGGGUUGUUUGGCGAAGAUCUGAUCCCAAUGUUUCAGAACGCGGUUCGCGCUGUGAGUUCCUAUGGUGAUACUACGACCGCACCCUGGAAAAGACCUGCCUCGGUCUGGAAGCGGCAAUGA